AUGGCUCCCAAUUGGACAACUCUCGUCAGAUUCAUCAGCGAAGAAGAUGGCCAAAUCCAGUUUGGUGAGGUUGAUUCCAGCACGUAUCCAGAUGUUGGUAUCGCAAUUCUUAACGGCGAAAGGGUUGCGGUCAAGUUGGUCAAAGGAUCGAUAUUCGAUGGCAUCGUAACAGACACCAUUGUGCACAUUGAUAGACUUCUGGCUCCCAUUGGAAUUGAAGAAGUGCCCAUUAUCCGGUGCCUGGGACUGAACUACCGCGACCAUGCCAAAGAGGCGAACAUGCCCAUUCCGGAUGUGCCGGUCCUCUUUGUCAAACCGCGCACGGCACACAACGGGCCGUACCCCGCUAAGAUUAUUGUGCCAAAGAUUGCGCAAGAUGGCUCUAGCGACUAUGAGGCAGAGCUAUCCGUCGUUCUGUCCAAGACUGGUCGAGAUAUUCCCGAGUCAGAGGCGAUGGAGUAUGUUUUGGGAUAUACCUGCAGCAAUGAUGUUAGUGCUCGAACGCAGCAGUUCAAGAACAGCCAGUGGUCCUUCUCAAAAGGUCUUGACGGAUCUUGCCCACUGGGCCCCGUCCUCGUGUCUCCAUCCACCAUUGGCGACCCUCAUAAUCUGCAGAUUAGAGCUAUCCACAACGGUAUUGUGGUACAAGACUCAAACACUAGGGAAAUGAUCUUUGAUAUUGCAAAGACCAUUGCGUUUCUCUCUCAAGGGACCACCCUAGAGAAGGGGACAAUUAUCAUGACCGGUACAGGUCCCGGAAUCGGCGCUAUGCGUAACCCCAAGGUCGUCCUGAACGACGGUGAUGAUAUCAGAGUGGAAGUUGAGAAAAUCGGGACUUUGAUCAAUAAAGUCUACUACGAGUGA